UAAWGUGCUAGACGUUGUACAGUUUAUUAUUCUAGUGAGUYUACURUGCUUAGUUGGUUCAAAUCACAUUSUUCCGUCAGGAAUGAAAAGUCAUGGUCCCAUCAUAAGCAAUGGUCCCAAGAGUUUGCCAGAGCUUGUACAGACUUUGCACAGAACACAAGUUCAACUUAUGCAGAUGACGAUGAGAUUAAAUCAACUUGAAUCAAGACAAAAUUUUAUACUCAAAGGUCGAGAUGGUCGAGAUGGCAAAGAUGGCAAAGAAGGAACACCAGGACGAGAUGGACGCGACGGGAAAGACGGGAAGCAAGGACCUCCCGGAGUCAACGGGGCAUCUGGUCAACCAGGUAGAGACGGGAGGGAUGGAAAAGACGGCAAGCCAGGACAAAAAGGUGAGCGCGGUGAUAAAGGACCUAGAGGUGCCCAAGGACCCAGGGGUGAUCGUUCUGGUGGUCUGAUGUACGUUCGAUGGGGAAAGUCAAAAUGCGGCGCGAACAGCACUCUUGUUUACUCAGGUCGGAUGGGGGGAGAGCUGUACGCAUCYCGAGGAGGCGGAACCAACUACCUCUGCCUGCCUGACAACCCUAAAUACGGACGYUUCAAGGCGUCGGUACAAGGRCUAAGUGGAUCUGUUUAUGGUACAGAGUACGAAGUCAAACACUUCAACCCAUUUACAAAAAAGAACCUUCACGACAGUGAUGCACCAUGUGCCGUGUGUUACGUCACAACCCGCAAUGUCAACCUCAUGAUCCCGGCAACUAAUGAAUGUCCCGCGGGAUGGACACGCGAUUACCAUGGUUACCUAAUGGCAGCAUCMCGCAAUCAUCACCCRUCUGAGUUUGUUUGUGUGGAUGAGAAUGCAGAGGCAAUCCCUGGGRGURCACRUAAUAAAAAUGGCGCCCUAUUGUACCCCGUGGAGGGGAGGUGUGGGUCGUUACCGUGUAAUAAGUACAUUAAUGGUCGGGAGUUGACCUGUGCUGUUUGUAGCAAGUAGAGGUUGAAGAAGAGGUUGAAACCUCUCUAAAACGGACACCUUAAUUUAUUUGCAACCGUAUUUUUGGGGGUUGACUACUGGUCGGAUUUCAAUGUCAACUUAUAGAAGUCAGUAAYCAUAAUGAUAAAAUAUUGGCCGACAUAUAGAGGGGGUAUUAUGAAUAUGCUAUGCGGGUAUUUAGGUGUGCAUAAUAUAGCACCGGUAUUACUGAGUUGUCCGUAUUAUAGAGGUACAGCUAUCUCAUGAUUCAUUGUUGAAUUGAGUGAUGCAGUCUAAUUUAAGAAAUAUAACUGUAAAAAACAUAUAAUUUCCUGAAGUACAAUGUGUUAGGUAUUUCGUGCCAUUUGUAUAGCUUAGUGUAUUUUUCUCUACAUAUCAGUUUACUAAACCAGUAGACUCUAAUAUGUACUUGUUUCACGGAUUUAUGGCAURAWGAGCUUGCGUUGCAUGCCGGAUCARACGCAAUUUAAUAGGUUUGAAACCAAUAUAAAUCCGUGCGGCAAAAUYUCAWUCGUUAGGAUGAAAAAUAGUCAAAUCAAAUUAAAACMCAAUAAAAUUAGAGACUUCAAAAGGUUUUGAAASUUCACUCUGUUAGACUUAAGCUACAACUACUCGAUAGACUCAGUAAUUUUAACUUCUGAGCUAAAAURAAAUCUGUUUAAAAAUAUGCGUUGUGUGCUUAUUUGUUCUGUAAUMAUCUAAUCCUUACUUGCAAGCAAUGUAUGCAUGUUGUAUUUCUAGUAAAGGUCWAUUUGAUGAA